AUGUUGUGGCUUGAGAAUCUCGGCUCCUCAGGCCGAAGAGGAUCUAGGUCAAUUAGACUCAAGCUUGACGAUCCGGCGCCCUUGGCUGGUCAUUUUGAGGUAUUCCGUGGCGCCUUCCAGCCAUUAGUUCAUUCGUCAAACCAGGCAAACCACGGGGUUCCCGAUCGGUCAUCCCGGCGAGUGCGUCAAGUUCUAGGCUGCCACAUGAGAUAUCUUGGGAACUAUAUCUACCGCCAUCCAUCAACUAUUCAUACGACGAAACUCAGGAGACCAUGUCUCAUCAUUUUCACAUGUUUUACACUUGACCACUUUAUUACCCAACUUGUCACCAUGCCUGCUGGGUCUUGUCAAGUCUAUGGCUCCGUAUCUGGUGAGGACAUCAACAGUUAUCCCAAAUAUACGGGUUCUCCCUUGUUGUUGUUCCUCGCUGAUCUGUGGCUCUUCCUCUGUAACAUCUUUUACCUACCAUGCAUUUUCUUGCCUCUCACGCCAUGGCCUUGUGGGGGUCUGGAUGAACUGUACCCUUCUCUAGCCAAUAUCUUUGACAUCUGUCUUCAUUGUGUUCUGUUUGUCCUCCAGCUCGUCUUUCUUGCCUCACUCCCACUAUUCAUCUGGCUACCAUUCGGUGUCUACGUUCUGUAUAUUGUGACCGCUCUCGCCUUGAAUACGCUCAUCUGCUACGCUUUGAACCGGGGUAUCCCAGCAGACGGUCUCAGGUCGACAGAGGAUGAUUUCUCAAGACGGUGGAAUCGCCAUGAGGACGAGUAUUGGAUAUUCCUCAAUGGAAUUUGCGUUGGGAGGAAUUGGCUACAGAAUAACGUCGAUCGCAUAUCGCGGACAUUCCACCGUCCAGUAGUCGGCGUCCACAAUAAAACAACUGGUGUCAUAUUCGACAUUAUCCAGUGCCUCAUUCAACGUUGUUUGUUGUACGCGACAAAUGAUGUUCGAGACUGCUACGUAUUGGUUAGAAGAGCACUGUAUCGGCCAGAGGUAAAAAAGGUUGUGUUAAUCCUGCACUCGCAGGGGGGCAUUGAGGGCGGAAUGAUCCUGGAUUGGCUUCUCGAUGAAGUACCACAGGAUCUCAUCAGACAACUGGAAAUCUACACCUUUGGCUGUCUUGCAAAUCACUUCAACAACCCAUAUCGCGACACGGCAUCGUGUAACGCAGCGAUGCGCUAUGUGCGCACGGGAGACAUCACUGGAAAUAUCCACAACCGCAGCAUCUUACACAUUGAGCACUAUGCCAACAAACGUGAUUUCGCAUGUCGAUUUGGGGUGCUGAAUUUCGACCACAGUAAGCCCCAGGACCGUCGCGAAAACCGGUUCAUGGGUAAGGUACUCGUUAGUCCCGCUUCAGGCCAUCAGUUCAAUCAGCAUUAUCUUGAUACGAUGUUCCCACUUGACCCAACCAACCGGUUUACGCGGGAGCCACGGGAGGGCGACUUCAUGGACACAGAUGUCACAGUAAGUCGGCAUGAUAGGUGUGAAGAAGAUAGGCCUGUCACGAUCCUAGAUGCAGCGGGGCUGUUGGACGCAGGCACUGGGGAAGUAGAUGGCACUAGUUUGAACUCGGUACUCUCCGGUAGUGCGCAAAACAUGAAAGUUGGGCUCAAUAUGAAGUUGAAGAUGCACCAAAUGAGCAGAUUGUGGCUCUAUCGAAAUGGUGGCCGUCCAGUCUCGUGA